AUGUCUCCCGAGUAUAUCAUGGGUGGGACAAUUUCUGAGAAAUCAGAUGUUUAUAGCUUUGGAGUACUGUUAUUAGAGAUUAUCAGCAGCAAGAAGAACGCAAGUGUAGAUUACCCCGAGCAGCAUCUCAAUCUCAUGGCUUAUGCAUGGCACUUGUGGAGUGAGGGCAGAGGACUGGACCUGAUGGAUGCAGCCAUUGCUGACGCAUUUUCGACGUCAGAAGUAAUGAGAUGCAUUCAGUUAGGGCUUCUCUGCACGCAGGACCAUGCCACAGAUAGACCCAACAUGUCCGCCGUGGUUCGAAUGCUGAAUGGAGAGUCCAAGCUUUCACAGCCGAAGCAACCGACAUAUACAUUUCAAGGUUUGCUGGCUCGCGAAGUCCAAUCACAAGAAGGAAUCCGGUCCGUGAAUAACAUCACCAUUACUACGGUUGAAGGGAGAUAA